CAUUGUAUUAUCUCUCUCUUGUGGGGUCUCUCUCUUCAUGUCCUGUCUUAUCAUACUUUUCUCUCUCUCUCUCUGGUCCAUCCCCUCUCUCUCUAGUAAACCAUGAUAAGGUGCUGCCUCCUCCUGCAUUACACUGCACCUCGGUUUUCACUUCCUCUCUUUUUUAUAAACCCAUUUCAUCUUCCUCUCUUCUGUUUCAUGGACCAGAAAUUCUUACCUUCUAGUUAACCAUCUCUUAGGUACUCUCCUGCAUUCUUCUACUCUUUUUCUUGCUUUUUCUUCAACAAAAUCCAUCUGGGCUGCUACGAAUUUGAUAAAAGUGAAUUGAUGCAUUGAAAUUGUCAUGAAUUUUCCAGAGACAUUAUGAAGAUUUCAAGUUUUGAGAAACCGGCUGUGGGAUAUGCACUUGGAAAUGAAGGAUAGGCAGCGGUGGAGAGCGGAAGAGGAUGCAUUACUACGCGCUUAUGUCAAACAGUACGGUCCGAGGGAAUGGAACCUUGUGUCUCAGCGCAUGAACACGCCUCUUAACCGUGACGCAAAAUCGUGUUUAGAACGGUGGAAGAAUUACCUCAAGCCAGGUAUUAAGAAAGGAUCUUUAACUGAGGAAGAGCAGCGCCUUGUCAUUAGUCUUCAAGCGACGCACGGGAACAAAUGGAAGAAAAUUGCUGCACAAGUCCCCGGUCGCACUGCUAAGAGAUUAGGUAAGUGGUGGGAAGUAUUCAAAGAGAAGCAACAAAGAGAAACAAAAGGGAUAAACAAAACCGUCGAUCCAAUCAACGAUAGCAAGUACGAACAUAUACUCGAAAGUUUUGCCGAGAAACUAGUGAAAGAGAGGCCUUCGCCUUCAUUUGUCAUGGCUGCUUCCAACAGUUCUUAUCUUCAUACCGACACACAAGCAGCAACACCAGGAUUGCUUCCUUCAUGGCUUUCGAAUUCCAACAAUACAGCACCUGUUAGGCCGAACUCCCCUUCAGUGACAUUAAGUCUCUCUCCCUCGACAGUUGCAGCACCUCCUCCGUGGAUGCAGCCUGUACGAGGACCGGACAACGCGCCUCUUGUUCUCGGGAACGUAGCUCCUCACGGCGCUGUUCUAUCUUACGGCGAAAACAUGGUGAUGUCUGAGUUAGUAGAUUGCUGUAAGGAGUUGGAAGAAGGUUAUCACGCAUUGGCAGCGCAUAAGAAAGAGGCGGCGUGGAGGUUAAGCCGAGUGGAACUACAGUUGGAGUCGGAGAAAGCAAGUCGAAGGAGGGAGAAGAUGGAGGAAAUCGAAGCGAAGAUAAAAGCAUUGAGGGAGGAACAAGCGGUUGCCUUGGAUAGAAUCGAAGGAGAAUAUAGAGAACAGUUAGCAGGGUUGAGAAGAGACGCAGAGACGAAAGAGCAGAAAUUGGCUGAACAAUGGACCGCGAAGCAUUUGCGCCUUACAAAGUUUCUAGAACAAGUAGGGUGUAGAUCAAGGCAUGCUGAACAGAAUGGAAGAUGAAGAGACAGAGAAAGAAACAUCAUUUUCAGCAUUGUGAUGAUCUAGUUAAGGUGGCUGUGUCUUUGUUUUAUGGUACUUGUUAGUUUUGUUCUUGUCCCCCUAUUUGGAAGAAAAUGUUACUAUAGAUGCCUAUUAAUAUUCCUAUCUUUUCCAUACAACUUGAGAACUUUGCAUUUGCAUUGGGGGUUGAUGCAAUGCAUAGUUAUAGUUAUUACAUUCAUCUUUAUAUUCAUAUGCCCUAGUAAUGUUUAUGUAAUGGUUUUUCAUUUUUGGGUUUCUUUUGUAAUAAUCAACUUUAUGAGGAAGAUGUGUACUGAUAUA